AUGUCGAAUCUCUAUGUACUCUACGAACAUGCCUCGGGCUAUUCUCUAUUCCGUGUCCGUGAAUUUGAAGAAAUCGGUAUGACUAUACCGCAAGUGGAAGAAAGCGUAGUUGAUUUAUCAAAAUUUGCUACGGUUGUUAAACUUGUUGGAUUUUAUCCAUUUCAAUCUGGUAUUAAUGCACUCGAUAAUAUCAAUGCAAUUUCCGAAGGUUUGGUUCAUGAUGAUCUCCGAACAUUUCUUGACACAAAUUUACCAAAAGAAAAGAAACGUGCAAAAAUGAUUCUUGGUGUUGCUGAUCCUCGUAUAGCAUCGACUAUCAAUGAACUUUUCUCAAUUUCAUGUCAACAUACCGGUGUUGUACCUGAACUUCUACGAGGUUUUCGACUGCAUUUUCCGAAUUUGGUUAAAGGUCUAACAGAUCAAAAUCAAAACAAAGCUCAACUUGGUUUAGGUCAUGCCUAUUCGCGUGCUAAAGUUAAGUUCAAUGUUAACCGUGUUGAUAAUAUGAUUAUUCAGUCGAUUGCUCUACUCGAUCAACUUGAUAAAGAUAUAAAUACAUUUGCAAUGCGUAUUCGAGAAUGGUAUGGUUAUCAUUUUCCAGAAUUAAUAAGAAUUGUCUCAGAUAAUUAUACAUACGCACGUGUUGUUUAUCUAAUGAAAAAUCGAAAAGAAUUUACAAUCGACCGUGAAGAAGAAUUAGAAGCUAUUACCAUGGAUAGUGGAAAAACAGGAGCUAUUUUUGAAGCCAUGAAAACAACAAUUGGUAUGGAUAUUUCACCAAUUGAUCUUAUCAAUAUCGAAUCUUUUGCCAAACGAGUGAUUCAUUUAUUUGAAUAUCGCAAAGGAUUACAAGAGUAUUUAAGAAGUAAAAUGGGACAAGUGGCACCAAAUUUAGCGAAUCUAAUCGGUGAACAGGUCGGCGCUCGUCUUAUUGCUCAUGCUGGUAGUUUAACAAAUUUGGCUAAAUAUCCAGCAUCAACAAUUCAAAUAUUAGGUGCCGAAAAAGCUCUCUUUCGAGCAUUGAAAACCAAAGGUAAUACACCAAAAUACGGUUUAAUCUAUCAUUCAUCACAUAUUGGCAAAGCAAGUACCGCAAACAAAGGUCGCAUAUCACGUUAUCUUGCUAAUAAAUGUGCCAUUGCAUCACGUAUUGAUUGUUUUUCUGAUAUUCCAACUUCCAUUUUUGGUGAUCGUCUAAAACAACAAGUAUCAGACCGCUUGAAAUUUUACGACAGUGGAGAAUUACCACCGAAAAAUGUCGAUGUUAUGCAACUAGCUUUACAAGAAGCUGAAGUUGAACGUGAAGACAUUUUAGCUAAAGAGAAAAAACGCAAGAAAAAAGAAAAAAAACGCCGAAAAGAAGCUGAAGCCGCAGAAGUAUCUCUCAACUGCAGUUUCGCCAAUGGUACAUCUGCACUUACAGAAGCGGUUAACAAUAUGGAAGUUGCUUAA